GCGCCCUACCUCGCCAGCUUCACAAGCGCGGCCACCACUGUUCCCAAGGGAGCCCGGCUUUACUUCCUCGCCUUCUCGACCUCCAGCACGGCGUGGCUGUGCCAGCCUCGUGGCUUCUCCUCCUCCGCUGACUCUCCUGACCCUGGGCGGCCCCCGAGGUUCCGAUCCGCAGGUGAGCAGCGCCAGCGCCGAAGUCUGGCGAGCUCACCGUGCACAGCCCAGGUGCGGCCCGCGCAGAACUCUGGUCCCUGCAGGAUGAAGAACCAGAUGCUGGAAGCCGUGUCCCUCCUCCUGGAGAAGCUGCUUCUCAUCUCCAACUUCAAGCUCUUUAGCGAGUGCGCUCCAGGAGGCACAGGGAGGAACCGUCCCUAUGAAAUCAGCUCUUUCCUCCGGGGCGAUGUGCUGGAGGUGUCACGGACCCAUUUCACCCACUAUGGGAUCUACCUAGGGGACAACUGUGUCGCCCAUUUAAUGCCCGACAUUCUGUUGGUCCUGACCAAUGACAAGGGACGCACUCAGAAGGUGGUCUCCAACAAGCGUCUCCUCGCGGGUGUCAUUUGCAAGGUGGCCAGCAUCCGUGUGGACACAGUAGAGGACUUCGCCUACGGAGCAGACAUCCUCGUUAACCACCUAGACGAGACUCUCAGGAAGAAGUCCUUGCUCAGCGAGGAGGUGGCGCGCAGGGCGGAGCAGCAGUUGGGGCGGACCCCCUACAGCCUGCUGUGGAACAACUGCGAGCACUUCGUGACCUACUGCAGAUACGGCGCUCGCAUCAGCCCGCAGGCUGAGAAGUUUUAUGAGACUGUGAAGAUAAUCAUUCGUGAUCAGAGAAGUUGUCUUGCUUCAGCUGUCUUGGGAUUAGUGUCUAUUGUCUACAUGGGCCUGGCGUCAUACAUGACGCUUCCUGCAAUUUGUAUCCCAUUCUGCUUGUGGAUGAUGUCUGGCUAGCUUCCAAUUUGAAUGUGCACAUAUGAUGUCUGGAAAUACGUUUCUACUUGUAGAGCACGAAACAUUACAAGCAUUGUUGAGAAAACUGUGGCCUGCAACACUGUGUUCUAGAUAAAAAGUGAUUAGGAAUCUAACAAAGUGCUUACCGUGUAAGCGGGAACAACGCCUUUCUGUGUCUACUUGGGCAGUUCUGCGGCAGAGCACCAUGAGCCCUUGGAAGCAUAACAACCUGUCAGAGCUCAGCAGACCCAGAGAAACAGACCCUGAGGUGAUAGCCACAGGAAAGCAUGUGGGUUAUUCUUUUCUCCUGUAGUCACUUUGCUGUUAGGCUUAUCGGCUGAGAUCACUAAUUUUAUUGUAAUGUAUUCUGCUUAUUUAAUGACUGAUAUUAAAGUGAAAAUUUUCCCUCAUUUAGAUGAAUAUGUUUGAUAAUUGGCCAAAAAGAAGCCAAAGCUCACAUUCUCUUUUGCCUUUCUUCAUGUAAUAAUAUAAUUUCAAGUCAUUCAAGAAUAUUAUUUUCAUGUUCUGAGACCAGUGUUGAAAGAGCUAAGAGUAACUGGUCAGAAAGCACAGAAAUGUUUUCUCCUGUAGAAACAGUGACAGUAGCUAUUCAUAUUUACUUUUGAAUAAUCAGAUAUCUAUUUUUCUUUUUAAUGCCUAUAUGACUACUUUCAAAUACAGCAGAGAUAUAGGAUUUACAAACUCCAGCAUCUGGUGCAUAAAUGUGCCAAAUAAAUAUACCGAUAUCUGUAUACACAUAGAUUGAUAAGUCAACUGUAUUUCUGGCUGCUUUAUUACACUAGUGUAAUUAUUAAUGAGGAGCUACAAAAGUGAACAAAAAUCAAGUCCAGUGUUUUUCCUGUGCCUGUGCCCUUGAAUCUGUAUAUAUACACACAUAUGUAUGUAUGUAUGUAUGUCACAGGAUGGACACCUUUUAAAGCUAAAUUUACUAAUGUCCCUUAAAAAAAAGAAUCUCAAAUUUGUUUUACAGUCAAUUUUCUACUUUAACUAUGGUUUACAAACUUAUGUAUGUCGCAGCAGUAUAUAAAGCCUAAAUAAGUAGAGCCAAAAAACAUUACUCUGAUACAAUUAGUAAUUCCAAGCAGGGAAAAUCACUGAAUCCACUGGAUCAUAGUGGAGAGCCAGCAGUGUUAAAAGCAUGCCUUCAAGAUUGUCUCUAAAAAUGGCACAGGUUGGAGUCACAUGGCAUGUCCUGGACUUGUUUUAUGAGAGGUGGUACACGCCACAAUACCUGUACACAGAAGGCUGAAGUAGCAAAUGGAGAGCUCCAGGACUGGAUGGGCUAGAGGACAAUACUGCAUGUUGUCUGUUAGCUGUCAAGACUUACAAACAGGCCCUGGAGAGAUGACUCCACAGCUAAGAGCUAUUGCUACUCCUGCGAAGGACCAGGAUUCAGUUGCCAGUAGCUUCUGUAAUUCCAUUGCCUAAGAUUCAAUACCAGGUUCUGGCCUCAUGAAUACAGCAUACAUGGUAGACAAAGAUAGAGGCAGGCAAGACAUACACACACACUAAAAAUAAAGCUAAAAAAAAAAAAAAAAAGAAAGAGAGAAAGAAAAGAAGGAAAGAAAGAAAGGAAGAAAAAAGAAAGAAGAAAAAAAGAAUCACAGAAUAACCAAGCCUGUAAUCUGAAUGCUUGGCAUGUGGAGAGAGGAAGACUCGAGUUCAAGACCACCUGUAAGACUUGUUUGUAUCACCCAGAGGGGUUCAAGACCAGCUUGCACUACAUAGAGAGAUAUUUAUGGAGGAAAAGAGGGUUUUUGUCAGUGAUCCAACUGGAACAAACUGAAGAACAGAUUUUAGUUCCGUUGAUAUUUUAUUACCCAGAGUUUUCCUACAGCAAAUUCAGUUGGAAUAUAAUGAUAAUUAAACUUUAAUGUUCCAAUUAAACAUUUAGUUGUUUAAAUGUCUUAUAUCACUUAAACAUUGAAUGGAAAAAUUAAAGAAUAUAGGUGUUCUAUGGGCCUCUUCAAACCAUUAAAUUACCUUAAGUAUCUGUGCAUUCUGACAGCCAUUGUGUUAGUGCCUCCUCCCUUCUCAUCCUAGUAGGAGGGGUUUAAGUGAACUCAUUAUAACCUUUUUGCCAGACAUCAGUAUUGUAGGAAGCAGAAAAUACUGUUUGAAAUUAAAUAUACUCAGUUAGUGGUUUCUCCUUACCUCCUGUAGAAAUCCCUGGGCCUAGAAGUAGCAUAAGCAAUCUUGACUCUCUCCAUGUUAUUACACUAAGAAUCAUUCAUCACUCAUUGGAUGUUCAGUCUGUGCUAGGCAUCCAAGUGCUACAAUUUCAUGUCCUGGUAUUAUUUUACAUUUUUUGAGACAGAGUCUCACUCAGUAGACCAGAUUUACCUCUAAUGAAUUCACUCAUAAAGAUCAUUUGACUCUGCUUCCCAAGUGCUGGGAUUAAAGGUAUGCUCCACCACUUGUAGCCCAAUAUUAAUUUUUAGCCAGCUACAAUAGCAUGUAUACAGUGUGGUGGAAAUAUAGAGAAACAAGCAAGUAAUUCUGUCUCAAGAAUUACUUGAAGGAGGCAAUAACAAGCAGAAGCUGAGAAACCAUGAAGUAAUUUUGUUACACUGACAUCAUUCAAAUGUACUUGGAAGAGGGAAAGAAGGGAGGUCCUGUUUGGUAAAUGUUACACAGCACCAGAACUGAUGAACUUGUAAAUAAGAGUAUCCCUUUUGUUUUUCCCAUUUGCUUAGUUUGUUAACAAGGUAGGAAGAAAGAUGUCAGUUAUGGGAGAAACCUUGGGCCAAUCAUUUGUUUUCUAACCUGAGGCAGCAGGUCAUAAAUUUCUCUAGCCUUCAUCAGUCAAAGCUCAUCUUUAUGAUUCAAGUUCCUCAUAUUACUGUAUUUCUAUUCUAUUAGUGAUAGCUAAGUCAUAUCUGAUGAUGUUUUAUGUCAUCUCUUGAUUUGUUCUUUGCAUAGAUGAAGGCCAAACGGUCUUACCUAAUUUAAGAUUAAUGUAAGUGUCAGGGAGUAGGUUGUAAAUGGAAUGAAAAGAUAUAUGAGACAUGGGCUAAACUAUAUGGUCUAACAGUCAUAGUUGUACUGGAGUUUCAGUGAUUGACAUCUGAAUAGAGGUAACUGAAGGCACACAGAGAGAAGGGACUCAUUUUAGUUGUUGAAACCAAAAUCAGACAGUGGGCCCUGAGACUUAAAUGAUGGGACAGGUUUUGUAAAGAACAUUCCACACAUGGGAACAGCAUGAGGAAUGCACUGAACUCACCUACAACAUGCAUCAUGAAUAGCUGUGAGGCAUUCUACAUCAGCCAAAGGCAAGUAGUUUAGGGGCUAGCAGCGGUGGUGACUAGACAUGCACAAACACAAAGCAAUCCUGAGAUACUGUAAGUCUCUUGUAAACCAAGAAGUUGGACUUUCUGGCUAGGCAGUGGAGAAUUGGAGUACAGCAAAGUAACUCCAAGAAUAAAGCAGAAGGAUGGAGGUUGGGGUGGGAUAAAGAGACCUCACAGUGAGUUUAGCUCAAGUUUUUACUCUGUCUAAUAAGGAUUUUCAACCUUCCAAAUGCUGCAACCAUUUAAAGCAGUUCCUUAUGUUGUGGUAACCCACAACUAUAAAAUUAUUUUCACUGCUACUUCACAACUGUAAUUUUGCUACUGUUAUGAGUCAUAAUGUAAAUAUCUGAUAUACAGGAUAUCAAAUAUUUGACCCCUGUGUAAGACUUGUUUGAUGCCCCAAAGUGUCAUGCCCACAGGUUGAGAAUCACAGGUCUAGAUGAAUUGAUUACAUCAAAAGAAAUUAACUUCACAACUAUACAUUGAAUACUCCUGACCUUUGCUCUGCAAGGCAUGCUCCUUUCUAAAGACACGCAAUCAAGUUUGGAUUGACUGUUUUAAAUCUGUCAGAGCCUAUUUCUUACUUUCCUGUUUUCUAUUUCAUAUUGUUCAUGUCCAAGACUAAAAGCUGUUUUCCAAGAACACGUAGUCACUGCAAUGGCAGAGAUUUUUUGUUAUGGAUAAGAAGUAUAUUGGAAGAAUCUUCAUCUUAUAUGAUCUAGCUGGGUUUUAAUUAACCUCAAUUUUUUAAAGUUAAACUAAGUUUAUAUCGAUAUACAUGUACUUUGAAUAAAAUCAGUUCUAUUCCUCA